AUGCUGAAAUCAACCUUCACUCCCAUUUUCUGGGUGUUAACCCCCAAACCCAACCCUCAAAAUAUUCCCUCCAAGGCAUUGACCAGAAACUUCUUCACAAACAGCACGCCACUCGUUCGACAUAAUGCCUCUCUCAACCCCGCCACCCCCUCAACCCCUGCCUCCGCCUACAUCCACCUCCCUUUCUGCCGGAAACGCUGCCACUACUGCGACUUCCCCAUCGUAGCUCUCGGCUCCGCCUCCACUCAAACUCACCUCGACCCUCGCGUCUCUAACUACAUUAACUGGCUCUGCCGGGAAAUCACCGCCACCAAAGUGAACCAACCCGCUUCCAGCACGCCCCUUCAGACUGUCUACUUUGGCGGUGGGACACCGUCGCUGGUGCCUCCUGCGUUGGUUUCAUCCGUUUUGGAGACUCUGAGGGUAAAGUUUGGGCUUUGUGAGGACGCGGAAAUAUCGAUGGAGAUGGACCCCGGCACGUUUGAUGCUGAGAAGAUGCGGGAGAUGGUGGCGUUGGGAGUGAAUAGAGUGUCUUUGGGAGUUCAAGCGUUUCAGGAGGAGCUGCUGAGAUCGUGUGGGAGGGCACAUGGGGUGCUAGAAGUUCAUGAGGCUAUUGGCGUUGUCAAGUCAUGUGGGGUUGAGAAUUGGAGUGUUGAUCUCAUAGCUUCGUUGCCUCGUCAGAGUAGUGAAAUGUGGGAGGAAAGUUUAAGGCUCACCAUUGAGUCACAACCUACUCACGUGUCCGUUUAUGACUUGCAAAUUGAGCAAGGAACGAAAUUUGGACGAUUGUACUCACCAGGGGAAUUUCCGAUGCCUUCUGAAACACAAUCUGCUGAGUUCUAUAAGAUGGCUUCAAGAAUGCUUUCUGAUGCGAAUUACAACCAUUAUGAAAUCAGCAGCUACUGCAAGAGUGGGUAUGAGUGCAAACACAACUUUAUCUACUGGAAGAACAAGCCUUUCUAUGCCUUUGGCCUUGGCUCUGCUAGUUUUGUUGGUGGGUUAAGGUUUUCAAGACCAAGGAAGGUCAAUGAUUACAUUAAUUUUGUGCAGAAUCUAGAAAAUGGACUAGUAGAUAGCUCUGGUGAUGGUCACAUUCAGGGCAAGGACACGGCCAUGGAUGUGGUGAUGCUGUCCCUAAGAACUGCACAAGGCCUAGAUUUGAGGAGUUUCCAAGAAUCAUUUGGCGGCUCUGCCGUUUUGUCUUUGCUAGAGGCUUAUAAACCUUAUGUUGAGAGUGGACUUGUGGUUUACUUGGACGAGCAGAGGAGAACCAUCAGAAUAGAUGACCUGAACUAUUCUUUUCUGAAUAAACCAAAUACAGAAAAGAGGGUGGCUUACAUAAGGCUAAGUGAUCCAGAAGGUUUCCUCUUAUCAAAUGAGUUAAUAGCCCUUGCUUUUGGGGUUAUUGACUCUUGGAAGGAUUGUUUUCCAUACCAAGAAGCAGAAGCUACUUGA